UCGUUUACUUCUUUUUUGGUCGGUGGAAUUUUUGUCGUGUCGAUGAUGUGCUUUAAUUUCUUUGGUUUUGCGUUUUUAAUAUUAUUUCAUUAUUAUAAGUAAAAAAUAUUAUAAAUAAAUAUAAUUCGAACAAUAGUAUCAACGAAAAAAAAAUUAAUUUAACAAACUUAUUAGAAGAAUUAUGCAAAAAUUCAUAAAAAUUGCAAAGCGACGGCGAAGAUGAAUAAAAAACAAGAAAAAAUUAUUUAAGAAAACGAAUAUAAGUGAAACAGAAUCUAAGAUAAAAAUAAAAAACAAUUUAAUUCUGCAUCUUUUUUGGACUUAAUAUUAACUUUUUAAUGUGUCUAUAUGCAUGUGUGCGUUGUAUUAUUAAAUUUUAAAAGCAACUCAAAUAAAAAAAUAUGAAUAAAGUCAGGACUACAAAAUAUCAUUAAAAGUAGCACGAUCAAAGCUGCCCGGUGUGCAUAAUAAAUAAAAUUACUAAAGGAAUUUCAUAAGUUUGAUACGCAAAUCCGAAGUGAAUAUGUACUGCGAAAAACACAAGGGUGACUAUAUUAAGCAUCCCGUUCUGUAUGAACUCAGCCAUAAAUAUGGCUUCACAGAUAAUCUGCCCGAAAGUGCACUACCUAAUCGUCUUGAGGAAAUUAAAGAAGCGAUACGACGCGAAAUACGUAAAGAACUCAAAAUUAAAGAAGGUGCAGAAAAAUUACGUGAAGUUGCGAAAGAUCGACGAUCACUCAAUGAUGUAGCAACAAUUGUUAAAAAAAGCAACAAUAAAUUGGCUGAACUGAAAUCAGAACUGCAAGAAUUAGAAAGCCAAAUUCUGUUAACGCAGGGCAAUACUGUAACAAGUAAUAGCAGAGAAAUACUUUCAUCAAAUUUGUCAACACCAAACUCAACACUUGGUGGCAAUGCGAAUAAUGGCGGAGGCAGUGGUUUGAUCUCAGGCGGUCAUGAACAGCUUACAGCGAACGAUAAAAUGCUUUUAUCGCUUGAGAAGCAACUAAAUAUUGAAACGAAAGUGAAAAAUGGCGCUGAAAAUAUGAUCCAAUCGCUAGCAAAUGGUCAUCAUGGGCGUGAUAAGAAAUUGUUGGCAGAAGCACAACAGAUGUUGGCGGAUUCCAAAGCAAAAAUUGAAUUCUUACGUCUGCGUAUAUUGAAAGUUAAGCAAAAUAAGGAGCAGGCUCAUAAAUUAUCCGCACAAGCAGCAAAUAUUAUAACGGAUGAAAAUGGUUCAGUGAUAGUGGGUGCGCAGCCACAACGUUUGGAGACGACACUGGAAGAGCGCAUAGAAGAGUUGCGGCAUCGCUUGCGAAUCGAAGCAGCUGUUGUCGAUGGAGCAAAAAAUGUGAUACGUACCCUGCAAAAUAAUAAAGUCCCUGAUAAAAAGGCUUUACAAGAGGCUAAUAGCCGCCUCUCAGAAUCGUCCCGCAAACUUGAUCUCUUACGUCAUUCAUUAGAUUUGAGACGUUUAGAAUUACCAACAGAUUCACCAGCAGCACAACAAUUAAAGUCAGAGUUGCAGUCAGUACAACAAGCGUCAUCUCCUGUAGCAGUAACAUAUAUACCAUUGCAACCCUUCCAUGGUGGCUUUCUAGGUGGUAAAACAUACCAACAAGUGUCAUCCCUUGGUCGUUGCGCAAGUGUAACAGGUAAACUAGAAGUGCGACUGAUGGGUUGUCAAGAUUUAUUAGAGGAUGUACCAGGACGCUCACGCCGUGAUAAAGAUAACAAUUCAUCUCCUGGUGAUCUGCGUAGCUUUGUAAAGGGUGUCACUUCACGUAGCAGUUCUAAAAGUUAUUCAGUUAAAGAUGAGACAUCAUUCGAAAUAAUGGCAGUAAUUAAAUUGGAUAAUAUAACGGUGGCGCAAACUUCCUGGAAACCCUGCUCCCAGCAAGCGUGGGAUCAGCGCUUUUCCAUUGAUCUAGAUCGUUCACGUGAACUUGAAAUUGGUGUUUAUUGGCGUGAUUGGCGCUCGUUAUGUGCUGUCAAAUUUUUGCGUUUAGAGGAGUUUAUUGAUGAUGUGCGACAUGGUAUGGCGUUGCAACUAGAACCGCAAGGUUUACUAUUUGCUGAAAUUAAGUUUUUGAAUCCCAUGAUUUCUCAAAAACCAAAACUGCAACGACAACGCAUGAUUUUCAAUAAGCAACAAGUUAAAAAUAUACCACGUGCCAAGCAAAUGAAUAUUAAUGUGGCCACUUGGGGACGUUUACUGAAACGAAAUACGCCCGCAAAUAACAAUAUGACAACGUCAGGUACAGGUUCUGGCUCAAGAGACAGUGAAUCACCUAUUUCACGUACACCAUCUUCGGGAACUAUAGACGCUGAGUUAGAACCAUAUUCUCCAGGAAAGCUAGCUCAAAAUAUGGAAUAUGAUCCUGAUGCUGGUAUAAAUGAACAUGUUGAAACACCAGGCGAAUGCCCAGAUCCAGCUGUUAGUGGACUAAGCGGUAAACGACCAUUAUCAAUGCAUGGAAUUGCUGUUUUGCCCCCCGAAGUUCUCUCACCACAACAAACAACAAAACAAAACAACAAUUUACAUCUACAAAUCGCUGGCAAAAAUGCAAGUACUACGGGCACGAAAUCGUCUACAACGAAAACUCCUACACCUGUGCAAACACAGCCACCACCAGUGCCAACUACUACACCACCUAAAUUGGAUCAAGAGUUACAGAGCGCGUUGAAAGAAUUCGAUUUUCUCAACCAAAUGGAUUCGCAACCAAAUACUCUACAACGUCCUGCCCAACAGCAGCAACAACAACAACAGCAAAGACAACAGCAUUCUAAUUAUCAACAACAACUACAGCAAGAGCAUUUACAGCAACAAAUGUUGCAGCAACAUUUUAUCGCACAAACAACACAACAAGCCAUGCAAUAUCAUACACCAUUGCCCACACAACAACCGAUGCCAAAAUAUCAGGCAACAGGUAGACCUAGUAAGGGCUCUCUACCAACAACUCCGGAUACAGUAACAAUACCAAAUUUUGUAAAUAACAAUAGUAGUUAUAAUAAUUCAACACUAAGUCAACAUAAUCUCAGUGAACAACAGCAACAAUAUCAGCAACAACAACAACAUCAUCAUCAACAGAAUAAUAAUGUUACCACAGGCGUUGACGUAUCGAAUCUUUAUCAUCGGCCUGUAUUGGCUAUGCCACCUGUCAUUUUAAUGGGCACGGAUACACGAAUUCACAAUGAUUUAAGUAGUAGUCCCAUUAUUGAGAUGCCACCUUCACCCUUACCCAAUUCUAUGCCCAUUGUAGAGUAUCCAGACGAUGAUGACUUGAUACAAGAUCCAAACUGCAGCUACAGUACCGGUUAUGGCGAUCGAUUUUGUGUAGAGGCUCAUAUCAAUCUUGUACAUAUAACAAUUGAACCCAUAGAAACAACAAUAGAAACAUCAACAAUAACAACAACUACAACAAAAAUUCUAACUUCAGCCUCUUCCACUGAUCUAUGUAAAGAAGAAGUUUCUGAUAAAGAAGAUAAAUUCUAUCGAAAUGAAAUCAUUAUAGAUAUUUCAGACCUACAAAACGAAGAUAAACAUGACAGUGAGAAAAGUGAAAGUGAGAAUGAAUAUGAAAAUGAUAAUGAAGAAAAUGAUGUACAGAUAAUUCCACAAUUUGGUAACAUUACUAUUAGUAAUAACAAUCAACAACAACUUAACCAAAAUUCUCCAAUUAUACAAGAACCACCAACGCCAACAGUGUUUAGUUUGCCCGCUGCCUUACCACCACAGUUCCCACAAGCAGCACAGCGGCAACAGAAUGCUGCAUACCAGCAACAGACGCAACAACAGCAACCAAUUUACCAGAACCAAUAUGAGUUGAAUAGCUCAGCUCAGUCUGCGUCCACAAAUGCUGCACAACGCAAAGUAGCUCGUGGGUUACAAUAUCGUGAUCCAGGAUUUGAAACUCGACGACAAUCUCAGUCAAUGGUUGCUGACUCGCAUGGUAUGCUUUCUAUUGAGAAUUUCCGUAUGUUGAGCGUGUUAGGACGUGGACAUUUCGGCAAGGUUAUAUUAUCCCAACUGCGCCAGAAUAAUCAAUACUAUGCCAUUAAGGCGCUGAAGAAGGGUGAUAUUAUAUCUCGUGAUGAAGUUGAGUCAUUGUUAAGUGAAAAGCGCAUCUUUGAAGUAGCCAAUGCCAUGCGUCAUCCUUUUCUUGUCAAUUUGUUUGCAUGCUUUCAGACUGAACAACAUGUUUGCUUUGUAAUGGAAUAUGCAGCCGGUGGGGAUCUUAUGAUGCAUAUACAUACAGACGUAUUCUCGGAACCCCGUGCAGUUUUCUAUGCUGCUUGUGUUGUUCUUGGCUUACAAUAUUUGCAUGAAAAUAAAAUUAUAUACAGAGAUUUAAAGUUGGACAACUUAUUAUUAGAUACAGAAGGAUACGUUAAAAUAGCAGAUUUUGGUCUUUGUAAAGAGGGAAUGGGUUUUGGGGAUCGUACAGGUACUUUCUGUGGUACUCCAGAAUUUCUGGCUCCCGAAGUACUUACGGAAACUUCGUACACUCGCGCUGUUGAUUGGUGGGGACUGGGUGUAUUAAUAUUUGAAAUGCUAGUGGGCGAAUCACCGUUUCCUGGUGAUGAUGAAGAAGAAGUAUUUGAUUCAAUUGUGAAUGAUGAAGUACGCUAUCCAAGAUUUUUGUCUCUUGAAGCAAUUGCAAUUAUGAGAAGACUUCUGCGUAAAAAUCCAGAACGUCGUUUGGGUUCAUCGGAACGUGAUGCAGAAGAUGUUAAAAAACAAGCAUUCUUCCGUUCAAUUGGUUGGGAUGAUUUGUUGUUACGUAGAGUAAAGCCACCAUUUGUACCCACAAUUAACCAUCUUGAAGACGUUUCGAAUUUCGAUGAAGAGUUUACUUCCGAAAAACCACAUCUGACACCACCUAAAGAGCCACGGUUAUUAACGGACGAAGAACAACACUUCUUCAAAGAUUUCACUUAUACAGCGAAUUGGAGUUAAAUUAUUUUUUAAAAAAACUUAAAUUUAGUUGUAGGAAAAAUUCAUUUGUAUGUUUCUGUUGUUAUAAAUUAAUUGUCAUUAGCAUGUAUUGCAAAGCGAAUUGUUUGAUCGCGUAUUACUUAGUUUUUAAAAAUUUUGGUUUAGUUUUUAGGAAUACAUACAUACGUACAUUUCUAGUACAUUUAAACAAUUUAUUUUAAUUUUUAUUUUAAACAUCUUAGUUUGUAUAUUGAUCUUAGCUAUUAUGAGUAACUGAAAUUAUUGAAGAAUUAAAAAAUAAACAUUGUGCAAGUAAGCAAAAAUCAUUGUAAUGAAAAAAAAAAAAACAAUCUAUAAAUUAAGAAAUGAUUAU